AGGCUCAUUGAACUUGGAACCAUAUUGAUUUAAUAUAAGAGCUUAACAACGUAGGCAACAUAGAAACGGUGAUGUAACAAAAACAUGGAAAAACCAGAGAACACUGAACUGGUAUACGAGUAUAAAAAGCGGAGGAAAGAGUUUGGUAAACAACUUCUGUUCGAAGACCAUGGACCGGAGAUGCUUGCUAUUAUACCCUGCAACCCAGCUUUGUUUAAGGAUUAUAUACUACGGAAUCCGGUACAUGUGGGGAUACAGAAUACCGGUACCAUGUCAGAGCAUUGGGUAAAUUCUGAAAGAGCAGAAUAUACGUGUUCAGGCAUUAAUCAUGUAGAAGGCGGUUGGCCGAAAGAUAUCAAUAUGUCCGAUCCCGAAGCCAUGCAAAGGUACCGGCGUAAAAUAGAAAAAGAUGAUGCCUAUAUACACGCUAUAAUGCAUUUGGGCCAUAGCAUGGAACAUAACAUCUUACAAAACAACGCAGUGGACAUGUACCAAAUCUACUAUUCGGAGUUGCCAUCAAUACCGCCGGUGGAGCGGAGCAGCUGCCAUACUGUGAACGUGUAUCGGGAGCCUAACGCGCGGCGGCCCGUGCGGUCGCUCUCGUGGCAAUGCGAAGGAGGGGCGCGAUUCGCAAGCGCUCAUGCUGACAUCGACCUCCUAAGAAACAAUAGGGCUAUGCAGUAUUCCUACAUCUGGGAUAUAGAAAAUGCAAAUGCCCCUGAAUUGGCUAUUAAACCACCACAACCACUGCUGGACUUGAUAUACAACCCGCGAGAUCCUCAUACCCUCAUUGGAGGAAUGAUGAAUGGCCAGGUCGGAUGGUGGGACAUGCGCAAAGGGGGCGAUCCCGUCAGUUUAUGUCCCCCGCACGUGGCACAUCGAGACCUCGUGCGCAACGUCCUAUUCAUCAAUUCCAAAACUGGCGCUGAAUUCUUCUCUGCUUCUCCAGACGGAGUAGUGAAAUGGUGGGACACGAGAAACAUGGACGCUCCAACAGAUUCCAUGAUUAUAGACCUAGUGAAAAAUCCAACGGAUUCACAUAACAUCGAAAACGCAAUUGGAAUUUCAGCAUUGGAAUACGAAUCUACAAUACCGACGAGAUUCAUGGUAGGCACGGAAACAGGCUUAGUCAUUGGAGGAAAUAGAAAAGGCAAGAACGACAUGGAAAAAUUACCAACCAAGUACGAAGCACAUCUAGGACCCGUAUAUGCUCUGCAAAGGAAUCCCACGUUCGUGAAGAAUUUCCUCACAGUAGGAGACUGGACAGCGCGGGUCUGGAGCGAAGACUGCCGCGAGUCGGCCAUUUUGUGGACAUGUUCGCAUCGUACCAAACUUACUGAUGGUGCUUGGAAUCCUAUCAGGUUUUCAGUGAUGUUAGUUACUCAAUGGGAUGGUUGUCUGUCAUGUUGGGAUUUGUUACGGCGACGGAGCGGACCGAUAGUUACUGCUCAAAUUUGCGACGAGCCUUUGGUACGAUUGCGUCCGCACGAAGGUGGACUGCUGGUAGCUUGUGGUAGCAGUAAGGGAACCAUUUACUUGGCGGAACUCUCCCAAAACUUGGGCACAGCAGACAAAAACGACAAGGCACUUUUAACCAAUAUGUUGGACAGAGAAAACAAACGCGAACGCAUAUUAGAGGCGCGCAUGCGCGAGCUGCGGCUGAAGCUGCGGCAGGGCGACGCGGCGCCGGCGGCCGCCGACGACGCGCCGCUCGCCGACCGCGACAUCGCCGAGGCCACCGCCGAGUACCUGCAGGCCGUCAGCGAUUUGCAGGCGAAACAGCCGGACACGUAAAAAUGUUAUGUGUAAAAAUAAAUACGAGAUUACAAAAUCCUAAUCCUGACUAAUAUAAAUGCGAAAGUAGUUUCUUGUAUCUACGAAAAAUACCUACUGCCGUAGAAAAUUCACGCGGGUGGGGCGGCGGGUAAAAGCUGGUUUUUAUAUACAAUUUUAAAAUUAAUAUGCACGCUUCACGGUUUGAAAAAAGCAGAUAGCUAAUUUCCUAGAAUCUAUUAUAACAUCCCUUGUAACCCACGUUUCACAGUGAAAUAAAUGAAUUGAUUUAUAAUA